GGAACCAAAGGGGAACGACGUAAUCAAAUGAGUCCGUAAUUUUUUCUGUUUCUCAGAGGAAAUUUAAGGGGAGAGAGAGAAAAAAAAGAGGUCACCACCAAGUCUCAGGCGAGCACGAAAGGGGAAGAAGGAAGCGAAGCUCUGUCUCAGAAAUCAAAACCUAAACCGAAAACCAGGAGAGAUGGGCAAAGAUCUGAGCGACGACCAGAAAUCCUCCAUGAAAGAGGCCUUCACUCUCUUCGAUACCGACGGCGAUGGCCGGAUCGCCCCAUCGGAGCUCGGGAUUCUCAUGCGCUCCCUCGGCGGCAACCCCACUCAAGCUCAGCUCAAAGCCAUCAUCGCCGAGGAGAGCCUCACUUCCCCCUUCGAUUUCAAUCGCUUCCUCGACCUCAUGUCCAAGCACAUGAAGCCCGAGCCGUUCGAUCGCCAGCUCCGCGACGCCUUUAAGGUUCUCGACAAGGACAACACCGGCUUCGUCUUGGUCUCCGAACUCCGCCACAUUUUGACCAGUAUAGGUGAGAAGCUCGAGCCGUCCGAGUUCGAUGAGUGGAUUCGAGAAGUCGAUGUCGGAUCGGACGGUAGAAUUCGGUAUGAGGAUUUCAUUGCCAGAAUGGUGGCCAAAUGAGGAGGGAAGUAAUGGCAAUUGGUUUCCUCUUUCGUGUGCUUUACUGGAAUCCUUUCUGAAGUAAUUUGUGGCGAUGUUUGCUGUUCCUUUUAUUUUCCCCCUUUUUCUUUUCUAUUUCUGUUAAUUGGUUUCAUAUUACGAGACUUGCUUGGAUUUUUGGUGGAAUGGAUGCGGGUCAUGUUCGCAUGCUUUCCCAAGUAAUGCUAAUAUUAUUUGAAAAGAUUUAGGAUUCUGAUGGGGUGGAUAUGUUUGGAUGGAUUCGAGGUGUAUUGAAAACUGUGGUUUUCUGGGUAACGUAGAAUCUGGUGAACUGUAUGUGUUUCUCAGCUUGAAUUCUCCCACAAUUUAUUGUCUUGAUGGUUGCUAUUUCUGCA